AUCAUGGAAGGAAGAUACCAAACACCAAAGAACUCCAGUCUGUUAGCAACCUUACGCAGGGUUCGAAAUGAGCAAGGUCAUCACAUCAUCUUUCCAUGCCCUCCUCCUGUCCCGCAAGGCCUCAUGUUCUGUCUUGGCGGCAAUACAACAAGAGGAUCCGACAUCACUGCAUACUAUACUGCAACAGCCGACAGCCCAGUGAUCAAAGCAAGCCUGUUUCUUCAGUAUAAUGCCGCACCGUACUUUUGGACACAUGUUGCCAUAUGUCUCGAUGCAAAUGGAUCUACUCACGCCUAUGGCAAAUACGGCAAGGGGAGUACUGAAACUGAAGUGCUUGGCUCACUCAGCGUCAAAAAAGGAGAUGAUGUCUUGGUGGAGUUUCGAAUGCAGAGCAAAACCGAAACCAUGAUGUUCAUCAAUGACGCGUUGCUACGGACCUACGAUGCUGGUGGACUCUUCGGAUACUACAAACACGACUACCUAGCUCAUCUGAGCUUGAGAGAGUUCCACGUGACCGCAAUGACGGGUUAUACAGCGGAUAUCGCUUUCAGGCAAUCACUUGAAAACAUGGAGCUUCCACUGUAUGCUGUAAAGAUCCCUGCCGGAGCAGUGGUAGAAAUCAGUGGAACGACAACAGCUAAUGCGCUGCAGGUUUGCUUGAUGUACGACAAGAAGAGCGUCAAGGCGGCUGAGUUUACCAAUCCACCUCACUCCUAUACUUUGAUCACAGUUGUGAUAAAGUAUUUUACCACGACCGCAACCAUCUUCGCAAGCUUCAAGCCAGAGGCUGUGGUGUACGACAAUAAAAAGGACGUGUCUGGCGGAACCGUCAAAAUUCAAGGCCUGACAGUGUAUAACUUUAAUCUGGACGCAGGGGGGAUGGCAUGCCCAGUACCGUGGAUAUGGUGUUGAAGUUCACCAGAUGGAAAGCUCCGCCUGCUUGCCGACCCAGAGUGCAGUGGUUUUCAAAACAGCGCGUGUUGUUUUGCUAUUUUCGCGACAGUGACAGCGAAUAAAUUGUGUUCCCCGCA